AUGAAUAACCAAACAAUAAUCUACUCAGAUAUAAAUCUGACCAAGAACUCAAAAAGACAGCAAAUGAAAUCUAAGGAUGCUAAGAGAUCCAUUUCAAUAAGUGAGCAGGAAAUAAUUUAUGCAGAUUUAACUCUUCAUAACGCUUCUCAGAAUCUUCAAAAGAACGACAAAAAUGGCCACUGCAAAGGUAGUCCAUCUCCUCCAGGAAAGCUCACUGCUGGGAUCUUAGGAGUCACCUGCCUUGUCUUGAUGGCCAGCAUAGCAAUUGUCAAAGUUAUUAACCCUGUAAUUCAGAAUCAUUCCUCAGUGCAUCAUUGUGAUCAUUGUCCAGAAGACUGGUUUUAUUAUUUCAACAAUUGCUAUUUUAUUAGUAGUAAUAAAAAAACCUGGACAGAAAGUAAAACAGCCUGUGCUCUUAAUAAAUCCAAUCUGAUUUCUAUGGAAAAUGACGAAGAAACG